UGGAAACCGGUGGAAUCUGCGCGGAGUGCGCGGAGCGAGCCUCUGGACUUCCAACCGCUCAGCAUGUGAACCGACGCGCCGCACGGAGUCAAGUCGAAGGAAAACGGUGGAAAACAGGAGCCUCUCGGUGUUUCAAACGCCUUUGCCAAAGCGUCGACGUCCGAGUGCCGAAGGCGCCGGCAAAUUCGGCUUCGCCUUAAUGCCGGGGAAACGGAACUAAAAGUGCGGAUUUUGUCGCCGGAUCGGAGGAGAGAGAGCGGACUGCUCGGAGUCACUUACAAAGACCCAUCAAGAAGUCAUGACUCGACGAACGUUUCGCUCGGAUUUAUCGUCGUGAAGUUCGAGUAAAAGUCGACCGCGGCCGUUCCAAGUCGAUCCAACGGGACUCCGCGAUACCUAUUGGGACAGUCGCCGGCGAUUUUCGACGCUUUUCGGUCGUUUUUGAAGUCGCCCUAGUUGGGUCAAAGUUUUUCUUUCCCUCCCCCUCCUCCUCCUCCUCCUCAACUAUGGCGGCGGCCAGGUCCACCACUGGCUCCGCUUUGCUGCGGAUCAUGUGGCUGCUGUGCGGGCUGUACGUCUCGCCCACGUCGGCCCAGCAUUACAACAGCGAGAGUGGAAUAUCCGUCCCGGAACACGGGUUCUGCCAACCCAUCUCUAUCCCGCUGUGCACCGACAUCGCCUACAACCAGACCAUCAUGCCGAACCUCCUGGGCCACACGAACCAGGAGGACGCCGGCCUCGAGGUGCACCAGUUCUACCCGCUGGUGAAGGUCCAGUGCUCCGCCGACCUCAAGUUCUUCCUGUGCUCCAUGUACGCGCCGGUGUGCACUGUGCUGGAGCAGGCCAUCCCGCCGUGUCGCUCCCUGUGUGAGCGCGCGCGGCAGGGAUGCGAAGCCCUGAUGAACAAAUUCGGCUUCCAGUGGCCGGAGCGGCUCCGCUGCGAGGCGUUCCCCGUGCACGGCGCCGGGGAGAUCUGCGUCGGCCAGAACACGUCCGAACCCGGCAGCCCGGCCUCCUCGUCGUCCCCCUACGCGCCCGAGCCGAUGACCCUGCCCCCGAACAUGGGCCGACCGAACCAACGCCCGGCCCAGCACAGCCCGUACCACCAGUUCUCCUGCCCCCUGCAGCUGGAGGUGCCCCCGUACCUGGGCUACCGCUUCAUGGGGGUCAAAGACUGCGGGGCCCCCUGUGAGCCCAACAAGCCGACCGGGAUCAUGUAUUUCCGGGAGGACGAGGUGAAAUUCGGCCGACUGUGGGUCGGAAUCUGGUCCAUCCUGUGCUGCGUGAGCACCCUGUUCACAGUGCUCACCUACCUGGUGGACAUGAGGCGCUUCCGGUACCCCGAGAGGCCCAUCAUCUUCCUGUCCGGCUGCUACUUCAUGGUGGCGGUGGCCUACGCCGCCGGCUUUUUCCUGGAGGACAAAGUCGUCUGCGUGGACAAAUUCAAGGACGACGGCUACAGGACGGUGGCCCAGGGGACCAAGAAGGAGGGCUGCACCAUCCUCUUCAUGGUGCUGUACUUCUUCGGCAUGGCCAGCUCCAUCUGGUGGGUGAUUCUGUCCCUGACGUGGUUCCUCUCCGCCGGGAUGAAGUGGGGCCACGAGGCGAUCGAAGCCAACUCGCAGUACUUCCACCUGGCCGCGUGGGCCGUGCCCGCCAUCAAGACCAUCACCAUCCUCGCCAUGGGCCAGGUGGACGGCGACGCGCUGACCGGCGUGUGCUUCGUGGGCAUCUUCAACGUGGACGCGCUGCGCGGCUUCGUGCUGGCGCCGCUCUUCGUCUACCUGUUCAUCGGCACGUCCUUCCUGCUCGCCGGCUUCGUGUCGCUGUUCCGCAUCCGCACCAUCAUGAAGCACGACGGCACCAAGACCGAGAAGCUGGAGAAGCUGAUGGUGCGCAUCGGCGUGUUCAGCGUGCUGUACACGGUGCCGGCCACCAUCGUGAUCGCCUGCUACUUCUACGAGCAGGCCUUCCGGGAGCACUGGGAGCGCACCUGGCACAUGCAGACGUGCAAGCGCUUCGCCGUGCCCUGUCCGGGCCACAACUUCGCCCCCAUGACGCCGGACUUCACCGUGUUCAUGAUCAAGUACCUGAUGACCAUGAUCGUCGGGAUCACCUCGGGCUUCUGGGUUUGGUCCGGGAAGACCCUUCAGUCCUGGCGGAGGUUCUACAAGCGGCUUAGCAACGGUAACCACGGGGAGACGACGGUGUGAUGCUGGAGGAUGGAGACGCACGAAGUCCGGGAUCUAACAACCACGAGAAAUGGCAAAUGCUAUUUUGGACACGCUUAUCUUUUAGUAAUCGGAUUUUUGUGUUAUGGGCCCUGGCACCGGUUCGGGUUGUUGGGACACAACCAAACUCUGAUUGGUAUUCGCUCGAAGUUGGAUGAAUUUGUCAGUAUAUUUCUCUUUUGUUCACUUUUUGUUGUUGUCGUCGUCGUCGUCAUCAGACAGGCCACACUCCUGGCUUUUGCAUCUGUUGGAUUACAACGCUGGUGUGAGUGGCCACACCACGCCGGUCCCUGAACUGUAAAUGCCAGACUGUUGAAGUUUAAUUUUAAUAUGAAAUCCUCUACUUAUUAUUUGCUUAUAUCCUUAAUAUCACAAGUUGAAUGUACUUCCUGUCGACUCUGGUGACUUUCUCAGCAGAACAGAAAAAGGACUAAAGGGUCGUGCGGUGUGUUGGGACCAGUACAGCAGCCACCCGCUCUCUGACUGGGACCACACCGUGUACAUUUUCCAGUUAGUCAACUCUGCCCUCAGCCGAAGACCGAAAAAUACUUUAAUACUGUUAAACAUUGCAGGGUACAAUCCUUUCCGUUUUUUAACCCCGAGGAACGAUGCACCAGCUCUGCCGUCAUGUGCCAGGUGACUGCCCAGAAAUCGAACCCCCCCCCCGCCCUUUUUUUUCAUUUUUAACUUUUUAUUUUUAAUUUUUCAGACUGAAUAUUUUGCUCCUGCGUUGAAUGUUCACUCUGAAGGUGAAUGAAGUUAUGUAUUGGUUUGCACAGCUAUCCUUAAGGCUACUAGUGUUACAAAUGACUGAUCCACCACAGGAUGACCUUAAUCUAAAGAGAACACACACACACACACACACACACACACACACACACCGGGCUUCCACUCUCUGUAAUGGAGACACAACAGCCCAUUGUUUGUCUCCGUGUGUGGUCUCUCAACAGUUGGAUCUCCCAUCAAAAAGACUUUUUUAAGCCUCUAAGACAUCCAAAGCACCGUUCAAGGAUCCAGUUCUGAUCCAGCCGGCGUGGAAAUGGUUGCUCAGGAUUUUUUUUUUUCAUUUUUUGUCCCGGAUAAAGAUGACUGUUCACAUUCACACCUGUGUUGUAGCCCACUGUUACUGAAUCUACCUUAUUUUUAUGAAUAAUUUCACUCACAAGUGUUAAAUGGUUUUCUCACAACAGACUGAACGUUUUAGUUUUUUUUAAUGAAUCAUUAUUUUUAGUGUCUACCUUACACAAGCCUUCUAAGCACAGAGGGCAUUUGUUUUCUCUCCAUCUAGAAACCAGACAUAUGCGUAUGGAUAUUUUUUUAUCUGGAGAGACUGCAGUGGAGAAGGACUGUAGAAGAGGUCGAGUUCAUACGACAUAAUUACAGCUCAAUUGUUUAUUGGUGAAACCUCAAUUAGUUAAUCAGCUCAUUCCAACGUAUUUAGUAACGGUACUGGAAAGCUUUCAAUAGAACAGCAGGAAAUCUGACAACUAAAUGCUCUUACCAUUAAAAUAGCUCAACCCCCCCCAAAAAAGAGGUCAUUCAUUCAUUUUCUGUAACUGGAGUAGCUUUUGAAAUGUCAAUGGAAACUCCAGUCUUUUUAAUUCAAGUGAGGAGAAGGGGGGAAGAAAAGGAACCCGGUGUUAAAUGCAGCACACAAAGCCAUUUGAACUGAGUCCGAGAAAACACAAUCAAUUUCUCUCACAGAGAAACCAUGUUUGGAAACCUGAGCAGAAAAAAAAAAGUUUUUAUCUUGAGGCUGUCGGCUACGUGGCAGGAUAUGAUUUCCAGAAGCUUUUGUUUCUUGAUGUUUGGCAUGUUUUUUUUCCUACUUUCUACAUACGUCUCACGAUGAUGUGGAAGGAAAGACCCCGCAGCAUUGACGGAAACCUCGCGGCAGUUUGACCUUGUAGACCUGCUGCGUCCCAUUAUCCACACAUUACUAACACUAGAAAACACACACACACACACACUAUGUAACAAUCACCGCAGUAUCCUGUCAUAAAGCAGUCUGUACACAAGGAAUGUCACAUUUCCCAUGUGAAUGUACUUACAUACCUCAAACCCCUGGUUCGAAUUAGCGUGUAGGAUUGAGCUCUCCACAGGAAUCCACCUCUCCUCCAUCGUGCUCCUACCUAAGAGAAGGCGAGCCCACUGUGUGAGCUGAGAUCUGCCAGUGUCGACGACACCAGACUGACCUGUUUUGUGUCUACCAAGUUUUCAGAAGGAAUAUGAGUGUGUUUGUGUGUCAUUUUUUUAUCCGAACAUAUGCAACCUACCAAGUAAACACAGACUGUUUUUGUAAAGGCAUAUUGUAUUUAUGGGGAUACUCAUUUUUGUCUUUUUUUUUUUUUUUACUUGUUUUUUAUCGAGGUAAGCCUGUUGUUGUACAUGUACAGUUUGAAUAAAAGCGAUACGGUUUGUAA